GUAGGGAAAAAAUUCAACUGUUAAAGCUUUUGAUACUGAACAUUAGCAUGUCCUUUGUGCUCUUCUGAAGUCGGGUUUUUUUGUUUUUCGUUUUUUUGGUCUUGCUCCACUGACAUCAGCUUCUCUGAGUGAUUUCUGGAUUCCCCCCCCCUGUUUAUGCUUCCCCCUUUCUUGGUUGUAGUACGGCCGUACCAUUUCGGCUUGCUAGUGCAGAAAGACGUGAAUUCAGUUGCUGUACGAGGCUGGCCGGGUGCAAGCACAUUGCCAGAUAAUAUGUUAAAGAGUUCCAGGUGAGUCCAGCUCGAGGGAGACAACAGCGAAACGAUAUGUGUCACAAAGAUGUCUACACGGAACUGCCAGGGAAUGGACUCGGUGAUAAAACACCUGGACACAAUUCCUGAGGACAAAAAAGUCAGAGUGCAGAGGACCCAGAGCACCUUUGACCCGUUUGAGAAGCCUGCCAAUCAAGUCAAGAGGGUCCACUCUGAGAACAAUGCGUGCAUUAACUUUAAAUCCUCCUCCGCUGGCAAAGAGUCACCUAAAGUUAGGAGGCAUUCCAGCCCCAGCUCGCCAACAAGUCCCAAAUUUGGAAAAGCUGACUCGUAUGAAAAACUGGAAAAACUAGGGGAAGGAUCUUAUGCAACGGUAUACAAAGGGAAAAGCAAGGUAAAUGGGAAGCUGGUGGCCCUGAAGGUGAUCAGGCUGCAGGAGGAAGAGGGCACGCCUUUCACAGCCAUCAGGGAAGCUUCUCUGUUGAAAGGACUGAAACAUGCCAACAUCGUGUUGCUUCAUGACAUCAUCCACACGAAGGAAACGCUGACACUUGUCUUUGAAUAUGUGCACACUGAUUUAUGUCAGUACAUGGACAAGCACCCAGGAGGACUCCAUCCAGACAAUGUGAAGUUGUUUUUAUUUCAGUUGCUGCGAGGGCUGUCUUACAUCCACCAGCGUUAUAUUUUGCACAGAGACCUGAAACCACAGAACCUUCUGAUCAGUGACACGGGGGAGUUAAAGCUGGCAGAUUUCGGUCUGGCAAGAGCAAAAUCCGUCCCUAGUCACACGUACUCCAACGAAGUGGUCACCUUGUGGUACAGACCCCCAGAUGUUCUCCUGGGCUCGACAGAGUACUCCACCUGCCUUGACAUGUGGGGAGUUGGCUGUAUCUUUGUUGAGAUGAUCCAAGGAGUCGCUGCAUUUCCAGGAAUGAAAGAUAUUCAGGAUCAACUUGAACGAAUAUUUCUGGUUCUUGGAACACCAAAUGAGGACACGUGGCCUGGAGUUCAUUCCUUACCACAUUUUAAGCCAGAACGCUUUACCGUGUACAGCUCUAAAAGCCUUAGACAAGCAUGGAAUAAGCUCAGCUAUGUAAAUCAUGCUGAAGAUCUGGCCUCCAAGCUUCUACAGUGUUCCCCAAAGAACAGGCUAUCUGCACAAGCUGCCUUGAGCCACGAGUAUUUCAGCGAUCUGCCCCCGCGGCUAUGGGAGCUGACUGAUAUGUCUUCUAUUUUUACCGUCCCAAAUGUGAGAUUGCAACCUGAAGCUGGAGAGAGCAUGAGAGCCUUUGGAAAAAACAAUAGUUUUGGCAAAAGUCUAUCGAACAGCAAGCACUGACAAGCCGGCAUUCCUAGGAGAGCUCAGGAUUAAGUUGUCAUCAUUCUGGGAAGAAAAAGAAGAAGAAGAAAUAAAAAAUAAUAGUAAAAUAAAGAACACUAAUGAAGUGGCCAACAGUGCGAAGGGGGCUCCUGGAUCAGCUCCCUUCGGUUCCCUGUGGUGGAUUUCACUUCCAAGAAAAUUGAAGCUGGCAAGACCCUGUUUUCUCUGCAGUUCAUUUAAAACCUUGCACGCAUUUGGAUACCUUGUGAUUUCCAAGAGCUAUGUGAAGAUUAAGCUUUGCUUCCUGAUACAUGGCAUGUAUUCUUUUCAGUCUUUUGUGUCUGAUUCUGUUUGAUUUCCCUCUGCCGCACAGUGUCUCUGUGAAGGUUUUUUUUUUUUUUUAAUGCUUUCAGCAGCCAUGUCUUAAAUACAUUGAGACAACACAUUUGGUGUUCACACUUCGUCAGUAAUGUGUACACUUGAAAGCCACACAGUGGCAUGAAACAACGUGUGUUUUCUUUGAGAGCUGAGUUCAUUCUGCAACCAUCAGGAAGAACGUUCUUUUUGCUAAAACCAACCCCAUGUUUUCUGACUGACUAGACAGCAUGGUUGCAGACAGUGGGGCCCUACCUGUUGCUUACCUUUGAGGACGUUUGGAAAUGUGGGGUUUUCGUUUUUAUUGGAAAUGCCUGCAUAUUUACAUUGGAGACCAGAAGCUUAGCUCGGCAUUUCCAAUAGCAUGACUGCUUCUGAGCAGGUUUUAGGUAGAGAAACAAACAACAAGGACAAAGACAGGGAUGAGUAAAAGUUGACUUUUUUUUUUUAAGCCUGUGGAAAGCACGGCAACUUUUUACAUGCAUUCUGGGUCUCGUCAAUGUCUUUUUAUUUCUUUUUAAAUCAACUCUGUUAUGCUCUGUAUUUUUAAACUGGAUAAAAUAAUGAUGAACAUCAUUCUUAAAACUUGGGUGCAAAAAAAAAAAAAAAUCUGUCUGUCAGGGUGAGUCCCAGUAGCAAGUCUUGGCCGAUUAAUGCUUAAAAAGCAAAUUUAAAAAUUAUCCAGAGUUCAAAGUUUGCUCACUUACAACAAAGGACCUUUGAAUUAGUGUUCAGAAACAUUCCAAGCCAUUCAGAAGGUAUCACUGGGUACCAAGCUUUAAACUAGUCUCCUGUAAUAACUGUUCAAAGGCAGAUCUUACAAGUAACAUGGGGAAUUUUGCUUUAAAAAUAGAAAUAGUUAAAAAAAAAAAAAAAAAAAAAAAAGUCCAGCUUCCCUUGUUUUAAGGAGCUCUGGGACCGUGCAGGAUGAAGGCGAGUCUGUACCACUGGGAGAAAGGGGCUGCCCUAGCAUACACUGCCCCUUGAUCUGGGGGCAGCUGCCCAGUGCAGGCCACUUCCAGGGGCAACCUCACUGCAGAGCUCCAGUAUAGCUGGGCCCAAAGGGCAGUUAGCAAACUUCAUGCGAAGCAUGCCCUCUGCUCCUCCUGACACAAAUCCCCAUGGAAACGCGUCUGUGCGCAUUGUACUGUGUUUCACUCCUCCUGAGAAAGAGGGGGG